AUGGCUGCAGAGAUGGCUCUUGUGAAACCAAUUUCCAAUGUGACUCCCAAAUUUGGCAGCCCCAGAUUGGGUUCAUACUCCAAAUUCAGCUCCAUAAGAAUGUCUGCCACUGCCACCCCACCACCAUCCACCUCCACAAAGCCAAGCAAAAAGGGCAACAAGAAUGUCAUCAAGGAGAGCCUUCUGACCCCAAGGUUCUACACCACUGACUUUGAUGAGAUGGAGACCCUUUUCAACACUGAGAUCAACAAGAACCUCAACCAGGAGGAGUUUGAGGCCUUGCUUCAGGAGUUCAAGACUGACUACAACCAGACCCAUUUUGUGAGGAACAAAGAGUUCAAGGAAGCUGCUGACAAACUUGAAGGCCCCCUCAGACAGAUCUUUGUGGAGUUCCUUGAGAGGUCUUGCACUGCUGAAUUCUCUGGCUUCCUUCUCUACAAAGAGCUUGGAAGGAGACUCAAGAAAACCAAUCCUGUGGUGGCUGAGAUUUUCUCUCUGAUGUCUAGGGAUGAAGCCAGGCAUGCUGGAUUUUUGAACAAGGGUUUAUCUGAUUUCAAUUUGGCUCUGGACUUGGGUUUCUUGACUAAAGCUAGAAAAUACACAUUUUUCAAGCCCAAAUUUAUCUUCUAUGCUACAUACUUGUCUGAGAAAAUUGGGUACUGGAGAUACAUAACCAUAUACAGACAUCUCAAGGCCAACCCUGAGUACCAAUGUUAUCCCAUUUUCAAGUACUUUGAGAACUGGUGCCAGGAUGAGAACAGGCAUGGAGAUUUCUUCUCUGCUCUGAUGAAGGCACAGCCACAAUUUCUAAACGACUGGAAGGCAAAGUUGUGGGCUCGCUUCUUCUGUCUCUCGGUUUAUGUCACUAUGUAUCUCAAUGAUUGCCAACGUACAGCCUUCUAUGAAGGCAUUGGACUUAACACAAAAGAAUUUGACAUGCAUGUCAUCAUUGAGACAAACCGCACAACUGCUCGGAUUUUCCCAGCUGUUCUUGAUGUUGAAAAUCCAGAAUUCAAGAGGAAGCUGGACAGGAUGGUGGAGAUAAACCAGAAGAUUAUUGCUAUUGGUGAGAGUGAUGACAUACAGUUGGUGAAAAACUUAAAGAGGAUUCCACUGGUUGCUGCCUUAGUGUCUGAACUCUUGGCUGCAUAUUUAAUGCCACCAAUUGAAUCAGGGUCUGUAGAUUUGGCAGAGUUUGAACCACAACUUGUGUACUGA